AUGGUAAUGUUGGUUGCAGCUGCUGGUGCUGGUGCAGCCACACAGAUGUACCCUGUGCUGCCCCCAGAAUGUGCUCCGGGGGGUCACUCUCUCCUCCAGAACCCAUACCGCAGCACCAGUUUCAGCUCCCGCAGCCUGCAGCAGUCAGCCCUCCAGGACUUCAUCUGUGACCAUUCCCUCAUACCAGGCUGGUACCAGUUCCAGAUCUUUGACAAGCCUGCCAGCAUGCCCACACAAUGUGUGGAGGUGAACCACUGUGGGACCCAGGCCCCAGUCUGGCUGUCUCUGGGGGAGGGCGAGAGCCUUCCGCGGCCCCUGGAGGUGACGCAUCUGACGGCCUGUGCCACCUGGCAGUUCUUCCUCAGCAGCAGUAAGGACUGCUGCCUGUUCCGCAUCCCUGUCACCGUGCGCAACUGUGGAGACUUCUACGUCUACCUGCUCCAGCCCACCCAGGGUUGCAUGGGCUACUGCGCACAGGAGAUGUCAGACUCUGCGGCGGUGGUGUGUGGUCCUGACGAGGUGGAGGUUGAUGGAGCGUGUAAAGCCAAACAGCCUCCUUCUCCAGCAGUACCUGUGAUAGUAGCAGAGCUCUCUGGGAGCAUCGUCUACCUGAAGUGCAGCUUCGAGGGCCAUAGCGUGAACAGCUCCCUAGGCUAUGUGGUUGCCUGGUCUCGCCUCUCCCCCCAAGGCAUCAAAGAAGAACUGAAACAAGAGACUACUGUCCAAACCGUUGCCUUCAUCGAGCUGGACGGGAUCAACCUCCGACUGGGGGACAAGAUUUACUGCAGUUGCUCCAGUUUUUUUCUGGACUCGCCGGACAUCCAGGGAACCCCAGCGGAGAGCGAAGAGUUCUUCGCCGGGAUCAGGUUGAGACCAGAGGUGACUACUGUGUCUGAGGAUGGGAAGGACUAUGAGUUGACUGUGGAGAGUACCAUCCCUGUCCCCUGCCCUGACAGUGCCUCCUCCUCCACCAAAGAGCAGUGUACUCUCUCCUUACACCUGAGUACAAGCAAUCAAGGAGACGAUCUGCUGGGUCCAGACGUGGUGUUGUCGUCGUGCCGGGUGGAUCUCUCCCAGAGCCUGGGGUGUCGUAACGGGGUGUGUAGCCAGGCCCUGGUUCACCUCAGCGCGGUCACAGACUUCCUCAGGGACGGGGACAGGACAACACAGAUCUUUGUCAAACCCAUCGUCACAUCCAACUUCCUCUGGAGCGGCUACACACCACAGAGUGUGCAGAUCACAGUGACAGAUGUUCCCUCUGCAUACUGCUACUCUUUCACUGAUCCUCACAUCAUCACGUUUGAUGGCAGGCAGUAUGACAACUAUCAGAUCGGGACGUUUGUGUUGUACAAGAGCACAAGGCAGCCGUUCGAGGUCCAUGUGCGCCAGUGGGAGUGUGGGAGCGUUGUCCACGGCGCCUCGUGCAUGUGCGGCUUCGUGGCGAGAGACGGCAGUGACGUCAUAGCCUUCGACAUGUGCAACGGAGAGCUGGGGCACACCAGGCCGCACCUGUCGGUGAAGAACAGGGACGUGGGCAAGAGCGGCAUCCGCAUCGCUGAGUCUUACCAAGGACGCAAAGUCACAAUGACCUUCUCGUCUGGGGCGUUUGUGCGUGCCGAUGUGUCUGACUGGGGCAUGAGUCUGACCCUGAGGGCCCCCAGCUCCGACUGGAGCCAAACCCAGGGCCUGUGUGGGACGUAUGACGGACAGACCCACAAUGACCUCCACACAGCAGGGGGCGCAGCGCUGGACAACGAAGACGUAGCAGCCUUCAUCUCUGAAUGGAAACUCCCUCCUGGUGGCAGCUUGUUUGACACCGUUCCAUCCUAUCAGAGCACCUCAAACCCUCGCAGGUACUGUAACUGUGAAGAGGAGUCCCGCCCCACGUCCCCGCGAACCAGGUCUCAGCCAAUCCCUGGCUCCGACUCCUCCUGUUCUCACCACGUCAACGUGAGACUCCACAGUAUCAUCCCCACUCUGGAUGUCACUGCCGAAUACAUCAACUCAGUAGAGCUGUUCAAAGGCCACCACGACCACCUCUCAGGAAACUCCAAAGAGCACGGCCGGGCCGAGGACACCGCCGCCCAGCCUGUAGAGAGAGGCUCUACCCUAACAGGCUCCAGCCAUGGAGCCAACAACCAGAGGAGCCGUGGAAGGCGCCAGUCCUACCAGUUCCUCCCCGACACGCCCUACCAGAGCCUGAGCCAGUCCGACCUGGAGGGCUUCACCUACUUCUUCCCAGAGGACCACGAGCUAACGGCCCGGCCCGAGUCCUCCCCUCCCCCCACCUGGCCCACCCUGUCUGGGCUAACACAGCUCCAGGCCAGGGUUCAGUGCCAGCGGGCCGUGGCUAACUCCAGCGUGGCUCUGGGCUGCGGCCAGCUCUUAGGCUCGGCCAUAGUGAGCCAGGCGGUGGCUAUGUGCGUCAGCGACCUCCAGCUAAAGGACGACCAGGCCUGGGUGGGCGCCACUCUGCCUCUGCUUGAGAACGAGUGUGAGAGGAGGCUUGUGGAGGAGAGGGGGAGAGAGGAAGAGCACCAGGACAUGCUGUCCUUCCUCAAGUGUCCUAAUCUAUGCAAUGGGAAUGGGCAGUGCUCCGAGUGGGGGUGUGUGUGCUUCCCCGGGUUCGGCUCCUACGACUGCAGCGUUAUCUCUGACCAGACUCCAGAGAUCACAGAGCUGGAGAACGAGGGACUGUGUGAUGUCAGACAGAGUGACUGCUCCACUGUACAGGUCUUUGGACAAGGCUUCAAAGACUCCUAUGAACUCAAGUGUGAAUUUUUGAAGGAAAAGUUUGUGGAUGGUGAGUGGACCCUGGACGAACCUCAGUUUACCCUGGCUACCUUCCUGGAUGUGUCAGGUCUGGAGUGUCAGCUCCCCCUGGAGUACAGACAAGCCAUUGCAGGCCUGGACCUGGAUACGGCCACCGACAGACCCCUCGCUCGCUGGCAGAUCAAAGUGUCCAACGACGGCUACGGCUACAGCAACGCCAAGAUCCUGACCCUGUUCGAUGGAGCCUGUCAGAUCUGCACACUCAAUGCUGACGUUCUCUGUACCUCCAGGGAGAAAACAUGCAACAUUGACAGUGUGUGUUAUGGAGAGGGAGACCUCAAUCCCAGCAGCCCUUGCCUGAUAUGCCGACCAGACUCCUCCAAAUACACAUGGUCCAUCGCUGAGAAGAAUGAGCCACCAGUGUUUCAGUCAGCCCAGGGGCGUCUGCAGACGUUCCAGGGAGAGAACUUUGUGUACCAGCUGCAGGCUCAGGACCCAGAAGGCUCUGUGGUGCUGUUCACUCUGGAGUCAGGCCCCAGUGACGCCUCCCUCUCCCCCACUGGCCUGCUCAUCUGGAAGGCUACUGACACUGCUGCCGCCUCCUCCAAGCAGACGUUUCAGUUCACUAUCAAAGACGAUUGUAGUGCUGAGACGCUUGCCUCUGUACAGGUCUCUCUGCGGCCCUGUGACUGUCUGAACGGAGCUUCCUGUGUUACAAACAUCAACCUCCCCUCUAGCAGCGGGGAGUACCUAUGUGUCUGUCCCGCUGGCUUCACAGGGGACCGGUGUGAGGAGGACAUAGACGACUGUAAACCCAACCCCUGCCGUCUGGUCAAGUGUAUAGACGGACCCAACUCUUUCUCCUGCAUCUGUCCCCCCGGAAUGACAGGUCAUACCUGUAGAGAAGAUGUGGAUGAAUGUGCCGCAGAGCCGUGCUUCCCUGGGGUGGGCUGCAAAAACACACUGGGCUCAUUCACCUGUGGCUCCUGUCCAGAGGGUUACACUGGGGACGGGAAGAGCUGCAUUAAAUCGGAGCCGUCCAGUGGUAAGGGUGAUGACUAUGAGCCUAUUCAUAGAGUGACCGUGCCUGUACCCACAGGAGGUCACCAGGGUUCUGGCACGGUUAAACCAUCAAGCCAGGCCCCCUGCUCCAGACAACCAUGCUACCCAGGGGUGCAGUGCUUCGAGAGCAAACACGUGUCAGUAGGGUUCAUCUGUGGACCCUGUCCACCUGGGCUCCAUGGCAACGGACACACCUGUAGUAGAAGCACCACAACAGGACAUAGGCCAGUUACCACCAACAGAGAAGAUGGACGUCCCCAAGUGACGGAAGACUCCAGUAGGGAAAUCAAUGGCACCACCUCCUCCUCUUCUUCCUCCACCUCCUCCUCCCAGAAUAGGAGAAAAACUGAGGGGCCUUCAUUGGGUAGCAAGAGAGUCCCCUCCGUGGAGAGAAAGACAUCUAUUAGCCCCCAGGACCAAACUAUCACCAGAGUCCCCACCCCCACCAAUCACAACCGAGGUCAGAGCAGCAAGGUGGACCUGACUCCUGACCUCAGCCACGGAGUCAGGUGGGGGUCAUCGUCUCCCAUAGUGACCUGUGCGGACUCGCCCUGCUUCUCCGGUGUGCCCUGCGAGCCCACUGUCUCAGGCUCCUUCAAGUGUGGCCGCUGCCCGUAUGGUUACACUGGAGAUGGGGUCACCUGCAAAGCUGUGUGCCGGUAUCCAUGUGGAAGGAAUAUGGAGUGCUCUCUACCCAAUACCUGCACUUGUAAAGAAGGCUAUACCGGAUAUAACUGCCACAUAGCUGUCUGCCGACCGGACUGCAAGAACCAGGGGAAGUGUGUCAACCCAGAUGUGUGUGUCUGUCCCAUGGGCUACAGCGGGCCAACAUGUGAGGAAGCUAACUGUGAGCCAUCUUGCCAGCAUGGAGGAACCUGUCUGGUCAGGAAUCUCUGCACCUGUCCUUACGGUUACGUGGGACCAAGAUGUGAAAUCAUGGUGUGCAACAGGCACUGUGAAAACGGAGGGGAGUGUAUUUCUCCCGAUGUGUGUAAGUGCAAGUCUGGCUGGUACGGACCAACAUGUAACUCAGCUGUCUGCAAUCCAGUGUGUUUGAAUGGUGGGACUUGUAUCAAACCCCACAUCUGCGCCUGUCCCAGUGGCUUCUAUGGCUCCCAAUGUCAGAUUGCUGUGUGCAGUCAUCCCUGUAAGAAUGGAGGUCAGUGUAUGAGGAACAACGUGUGCUCCUGCCCCGGGGGCUACACAGGGAAGCGGUGUCAGAAGAGUGUGUGCGACCCCAUGUGCAUGAACAAGGGGAAGUGUGUGGGGCCCAACUCCUGCUCCUGUGCUUCAGGGUGGAGGGGAAAGAGGUGUAACAUUCCCGUGUGCCUGCAGAAGUGUAAGAACGGUGGUGAGUGUGUGGGACCCAACACCUGCCACUGUUCCACAGGAUGGGAAGGCCUACAGUGUCAGUCUGCCAUCUGUAAGCAGAGAUGCCUCAAUGGGGGAAGGUGUGUCCUGCCCAACUUCUGCCACUGCCGCAACGGGUACACUGGCGUCACCUGUGGGUUAAAGGCCGCUCUUGCAUAAGGGAAAUGACUGAAGAUGCAGAAGUUUUACAAAAUACACAACGCAAGUGGAGAGUCCUUAUUAGGCAGUGUGUGAUUGUGGAGUGUGUGUGCCUGUAUGUGUGUGUGUGCUUGUGUGUGUGUGUAUCUUUGUACAUUAACAGGGGGACUGGAUAUAUUGCACGUAUCUAAUUGUUCCUGUUUUGUUACUACCUCAAUGCUCAAGGUAGCACAUUGAUGUAAAGCCCUUGCAUAAGAAAUGCAUAACAUAUUCAUAAACAAUGCAUAAUACUGUCUUAAACACUGCAUAGCAAUUCAGAAAUGUUUAUGCCAAUCGUGUUGAUGUCUCAAAAGCUACGUUUACACAGGCAGCCCAAGUCUGAUCUUUUUCCACGAAUUGGUCUUUUGACCAAUCAGAUCAGCUCGUUUGACAAUAAUUGGGCAAAAUAUCAGAAAUGUGCUGCCUGUGUAAAUGCAGCCAAACUAUGUCAUCUAACAUAGACAUUAAUUCAUGUAUUUUAAUGCAUACAAAUGUGUUUUAUAGUCCUUAUCCAAGGCUUUUAUACAAAAGUGUUACUGCACACAGUAUUAUGUUGGAGUAAGAGAAGAGAAUCAGAUGAAAAACUAGUUGAUGGUUUAUUGAAAAACAAUCUGGCUUUAUAAGAUAUUAAUACCCACUUUUCUUUUUGUUUUGUUGUUCCUUGUUAUUGAUUUGACCAAAGUUUUUUCAGCUCUGGUUUAUUGUGGUACAGAAAGUUUUUUUGUUUGUUGCCUAAGCUGUUGUGCACUGUUUCAUACUUAAUAUGUAUUGAGAAAUAACACCAUUCUUCUUUAUACAUCACACCUGCCUUGGAAAUGUUAUUAGCUUGUUUGAUAUUUAUGGCAACUUGUCUGCAAUUGUUUUGUAACUGUUGACGAGAUCUGUUGUAAGUAUCAAUUCAGAUAUACUUGAUCAAUUUUGUACAUUAUACUGUACAUAGGUCAAAACAUUUGUUAUUUUAACAUUUACACUGCAUUGUUGUAAAUCACGCAUAUGGAAACAAAAUAAAAAGUU